GUGGUUCUGUCAGGGGGAUCCACAAUGUUCAGGGACUUUGGACGACGACUGCAAAGGGAUUUGAAAAGAGUAGUGGAUGCAAGAUUGCGACUUAGUGAGGAGCUCAGUGGUGGUCGGAUAAAACCCAAACCGGUUGAAGUUCAAGUGAUAACUCAUCACAUGCAGCGUUACGCAGUUUGGUUUGGCGGUUCCAUGCUGGCUUCAACACCAGAGUUUUUCCAAGUUUGUCACACCAAGAAAGACUAUGAAGAGUAUGGCCCUAGUAUUUGUCGUCAUAAUCCUGUUUUUGGAGUCAUGUCAUAAUGCUCGUCUAAUGGAAACAAGAUCUUUGAUAUCUUGCUGGUGAAGAAACUCACGUAAAGCAGAGGAAGGCAGCAGAUACUGUAAAUCCUGAAGCAAGAUGUGGUUAUCUCUUGGAAGCGUUUGGAUCACCACCGUGCACUAAAGCACAACUUACAGCCCUAAGUCAUUUCAGUAAAAGCCAUUUCUCUGCUGACUACUUCAAAGCCUGUCCCUUCUUCCUAAAUGUGAGGUAAUUGGAAAUAGGUAUGUCUCGGUUUAGGAGGUUGUGCAAAUACUACUGAAACUGAAUCUAGAAGAAUAAGGCAGUGUUUUACUGCUUCUGGGAAGAUUUAAACCUUUCCCACUUGUGCCCUGAUUCUGCAAUCAAAUCUUUAGCAAUGGAGCACUAAAUACCACAUUGCCUUCAGGGAAGUUGGAAUCGGUGCAGGUACCUGCCCAAAAGGAUUAGAUUGCAGGAUUGGGACUGUACUUUGUAAAUGUAGGUUUUUCAUAUCAUUUUGUAUUUUAUGAUAUCGGUAGGGUGAAUUGAUGACUAGUUCUGAGCACGAACAGCUAUCAAUGUCAUGGAGUGAUGUUACGCAUUUCCAGGUGUGAGGCAUGUAUUGGAGUUGUGCUGGUAUUUUUUUGGAAAAAAAAAAAGAGCCAUGUAUGCUAGAAAUUGAUUUCUUGUCUGGAUGACACAAACUAAGUGAUUUACAGUAUUGUAUGAAGUUUAUUAUAGCCACUGUUACUUUGUUUUGAAUUUCUGAAACUGUUUAUAGAAGAUGAUGUUUUGUUUUGAUGUUGGUGAGUGGUGGAUGACACACGGGCCUUGCACCAGUGAAAUAAAAGCUGUUAACAUCUUUAUGAA